UAUAUAAUACUACCUCUUUUCCUCAAAGGGAGUUCAAAUGCAGAAAUGGGGACCACAAACGGUCACUGGUGAAUAAAGUCAAAAAACACACAUCACAAAACAAAUCAAAACAUCACACACUUGGGGUUGGGGACAUGGAGCCGAAGGACAUUAAUAAAUACGCUCAUACACUGUCUCUGUCUUCUUUCGGCUUUAAAUGUUACAAAGAGGGGCUUCUCUUCUUUCACUUCAAAGCUCCAAAGAAAAAAACAUGACACACAAACUGCUGCUUCUUCUAGUGCACCUCCUCCUCACCACUGUGGCCUCUUCAAUGUCUCCUUCUGAAAGAGCCUCACUCGAAGCCAUUAGGUACUCUCUAACCGAAAUGCCCGGCUCCUCCUUCUUCGCCUCGUGGGAUUUCUCGGAUUCCGACCCCUGCUCUUCUUUUUCCGGCGUCACCUGCUCCCUCGGGCGAGUCGAAACGUUAACCCUGGGCCCCGGUAUCUCGGGUUCCCUCUCCCCUGCUCUCUCCAAUUUAACCCGGUUAACCCAACUCAUCCUUUUGCCCGGUUUAGUCACUGGCCCGGUUCCAUCCGAGCUUGGGUUUCUCCCCUCCCUCCGUGUUGUUUCCUUGACAAGAAACCGCUUAACCGGCUCUAUACCGGCCUCUUUCUCCUCUCUUCUAGACUUGCAUACACUUGACCUGAGUUACAAUCAAUUAUCUGGGGUUAUCCCGCCUCGUCUCACUCGCUUGCCUCACCUCAAAGUCCUUGUCUUGGCUUCGAACCAUCUUUCGGGCAACCUCGGUCCUCAUGUCUUGAGCCCUUUGUUCCAUUUGGACAUCAAGAUGAACGGAGUCUCGGGUCCGCUUCCUGAUUUCUUGCCUAAGUCGCUUCGUUACUUGUCGGUAUCUAACAACUCGAUGUGUGGUACAAUCGAAGUCCUAGAGUCACUCACCGAGUUAACCUACCUCGAUCUAAGUGUGAACAAGUUCACCGGAACUAUCCCCAACUCGAUCUUCCGUCCGUCCGUGGUGCUGCUUCUGCAACGGAACAACUUCACGGGGAUGGCAGUUCCAACGUCCUUUUCAUUCAUUCUUCCAACGGGAUCAGUUAUCGAUCUGAGCCAUAAUUCAAUAGCGGGAGAGCUAUCUCGUGAACUCGCUGGAGCCGAGACGCUGUUUCUGAACAACAAUCGCCUGACGGGAGAAGUGCCUGGGGAUUACAUCGACAGCCUCAUCAAUGGUACCACCAAGACGCUGUAUCUGCAGCAUAACUAUCUCACGAGGUUUCCGUUGCAGCAGCGUCAAGGAGUUAAGUUGCUUGGCUCUGUGUCGUUGUGCUUGUCUUAUAACUGCCUUGUGUCUCCGUUCGGAUUGUCAUCUUGUCCUAAAGACGCGGCCCCCCUUCGCUCGAGGCCUUCUUCCCAAUGCUUUAACUUCUUUAAUCACAGUUCGAUCACUUAAAUGUAUUUCUUCUCCCUAUCUCUUUUUAUUACAAAUUGUUUUCAAGAAUUUGUUACUUAACAUGAUACAGGGUUUUAUCUAGGAAUGAUUCGAAU